UCACUGUGGAGCAGCACGUCGGGAACAUCUUCAUGUUCAGCAAAGUGGCAAACGCCAUUCUCUUCUUCCGCCUCGACAUCCGCAUGGGCUUGCUUUACCUCACGCUCUGCAUAGUGUUCCUGAUGACCUGCAAGCCGCCCCUCUACAUGGGCCCCGAGUACAUCAAGUAUUUCAGUGACAAGACCAUCGAUGAGGAGCUGGACCGGGACAAGCGGGUGACCUGGAUUGUCGAGUUCUUUGCCAACUGGUCCAGCGAGUGCCAGUCCUUUGCCCCCAUCUUCGCUGACCUCUCUCUCAAGUACAACUGCUCGGGGCUGCACUUCGGGAAGGUGGACGUUGGCCGGUACACAGAUGUCAGCACCAGGUACAAGGUCAGCACCUCGCCCCUCACCAAGCAGUUGCCUACCCUCAUCCUCUUCCAGGGCGGGACAGAGACCAUGCGCCGGCCACAGAUUGACAAGAAGGGCCGGGCCGUGUCCUGGACCUUCUCUGAGAAAGGAUGCCCACACGCAUGCUCGCUCAGUGCCGUCAACCAGGGCUGGACAACCCUGUACCUUGAUGAAGACAGCACAGUGCAGAGAGGAGAGACGGGUGGCUGCUGGAUGGAGGGCAAACUGGUGAUGAAGGAGCACAGGCUGCCAGGCCUGAUGCCAGGAUGGGCGAACCCUUAA